CUCUCUCUCGACUUAGGGUUUCCUAACAGCGUCUGCUUUGAAAUUUUAUUUUAUUUUAUUUUUUGUUUUUAUGAAGAAAUUUUUUUUUUAGUGGUAAUCGAUAAUUCAAUACAGACCCUCGUUCAUCUGAUUCUCCUUCAAUUCUUCAGGUCAACCAUGGCUUAAAUCUCCUGUUUCCUUCUCUCUCUGUCUCUAGGGGUGGCAGUCCUGGAAUGGAUGUAUAUAAUGCUCCUGAACAAGGACAUGCAGAUGCAUAUCUGAUGCAAGAGGCCGAAUCAAAUUCACAGAUCACAGGUCCACUCCUUGAACAAUUUGAAACCAUGUAUAUCGAGGGAGCCCCUGAGUUUGUUGUCAAUCAAGGCCUGUAUUAUCCUUCUGCCACCAACUGUGGAUAUAUUUGUACAGCAUUUGAAUCACCUGGCGACUGGGAUGACUGCCAUCGUAUUUUUGGUCUGGAUGGUCAAGAAAUUCAGUACACGGGCGUGUCAAAUGAAGGUGUUCCGUACGUAUAUUAUACACCUAACUAUGGAUAUGCACAAUCUCCAUAUAACCCUUACAACCCUUACAUUCCUGGUGCAAUGGUGGGAGUUGAUGGAUCAUUUGUGGGGGCACAACAGUAUUAUACGAUACCAUCAUACGAAAAUCCUGUUUCUUCACCUGCUUACAUCUCCAUGAUUGCAAAUAACACAAUAGACCCGUUCGUUGGUAAUGACGUAUCACCUAAUCGAGCUGGUGGUCCAGCUCUUAAGAACAGUCUUUCUUUAAAAUCUACUAAAUUUUCUCCUACUCCAUUAAGGACUGCUACUAGCCAGACUAAUACAGCUAUCGCAAAUGCUGAAUCUAGCAAGCAGCCUAUGAUUCGUGGAAAUAUUACUUCUAGAAGUUUUCCCAGUUCAACAUCAUCACAAACCCAGGGUAGAAGUGAUGUAAUUGAGGAAAAUGCUCCGAACAGGAAGGCAUUUUCUAGUCCGAGUCCCUUAAAAAAUGCUUUCCCUUCUGGCAAUGGCUUCUCUAGUAUUGAACCAAGCAAUUAUUCCCAGGCUUCAUCAGAUAAAGUUAGGCCUAAGAUACUCUAUGGAAGAGCUUUGGAUGAGGUAAAAGUUAGUAAUGGUCUGUUGACUGAACAAAAUCGAGGACCUAGAACUAACAAAUCGAAAAAUCAAUUGGCACUUGAAGUGUACACAACAAGGGCUGGAGAUUCGGAUGCACUAGGAAACAUUAUUAUCCAUACUGAUCAUUAUAACAAGGGUGAUUUUUCAGUUGAUUAUACGAAUGCUAAGUUCUUCAUAAUCAAAUCAUAUAGUGAGGAUGACGUGCACAAGAGUAUUAAAUACAAUGUGUGGUCAUCUACACCUAACGGAAACAAGAAACUAAACAGCGCAUAUGAAGAUGCCCAGAGAAUGGCUGCUGCAGAUUCAAGAGGCUGCCGCAUUUUCCUCUUCUUCUCUGUUAAUGCCAGUGGCCAGUUUUGCGGUGUUACUGAAAUGAUUGGUCCUGUAGAUUUUCAUAAAGAUAUGGAUUUCUGGCAGCAGGACAAGUGGAGUGGUAGCUUUCCUGUUAAGUGGCACAUUGUAAAGGAUGUGCCAAACCCAAAUUUUAGACACAUAAUACUAGAAAACAAUGAGAAUAAGCCAGUGACCAACAGCAGAGACACACAAGAGGUACACUACAAAAAAGGCACGGAGAUGCUGAAAAUAUUCAAGAACUAUAUAUCGAAGACAUCCUUACUGGAUGACUUCAUGUACUAUGAAAAUAGACAGAAGAUCCUGCAGGAAGAGAAAGUGAGGCUGCUAAUUAAGAGCUACGAGAACCCUUACCUCGUGCCUCUAAUAGAUCCUCCCCGUAAACUUAAUCCUAUCCUCAAUCCUUCUCCUAGUGAUGAUAAGAAAGUCGUCUUGCAUGAUUCAAGCAGCCCCAACAUUAUUAACAAGAAUGAAUCUGAUUCCAAAGAGGUUUCAAGACGAGCAGUUUCAGUGGCUGGCAAACCAGAUAUUGACGUUGAAUUAAAGACUGGUUCACUAACAAUGAAUCCGAAAGACUCCGGUUGUGUGUGUUUGGUGCCUAAUACUGCCAGCAAAGCAAACACUGAACUGAUUGAUGUUGUUACAGUAGGGUCUGUACCCGUCAAAGUUAACAUUUCCACUGGCUCUUCUGGUGUUUUAACGGUUGGAACGAUCCCACUUGAUCCUAGAGCUCUGCAGCUUGAUGAGAUUGGUUAUUCGAGCAAAAAUGGGUCUAAAAAACGGUGAUGCAUGGGCGAAUCUGGAAUACCAAUAGAUUGAUUGUUGCGGACUGGUAUGUGGUAGAGAACUUUCAAGAAUAUUGGACCCAAGGCUGUAUCAUACUUGGUCUUGGCUACAGUUUUAGAUCAUGAGAAAUCAUCCUUGUGGGAACUCGCCUGCCUAAUGUUUUCGCUUGGAUGGGAUCAAUAUAAAACACCAACGUCUUUCGGUUUUGGGAUGUUCAGGUGGAGGGUGGCUGAUACCAUUUACAAAGUGUACUUUCUUUGGUUUCCUUGAGAGAGAAAUGAAUCGAAGAAACUAUGGAAUAUAUUAGUUGGUCAGAGAAGAAAGAAAAGAGGAGUGGACAUUGUCAUUUUAGUUUUCCGCCAUAUCAUUCGGUUCCUUAUUUUUGUUGGAAUUGGGAAAAAAAUGAUUCUCUAUUUCUAAUUGUAAUUUUAUGAAUUCUACCAUGUUAUGGCAAUUUCAUGUAUUGUGUUAGAAUUUCAUCC